AUGAUACAGCAAUCAGACUUGGUGAACGUCAAGCUGGUUACAACUUACAAACAGAUCCAGAAAGAAUAUGCACAGGAGAAUCUCAAAUUUGGGGACUCCAUUUACAGGCUGACAGAUGUCCCAGAAGGUCUGAUUGUUCGAACCAUAGUGAGAUUGGACGAGACGUGCCGUGAGUUCAAGAACGCAGCCGCCAUAAUGGGGAACUCGAUCGGCGUUACACAAGAAAAAGGAUUAGGCUUCAAAUGCUAUAAAACGUGA